AUGUCCAUACGCGUCGCCAGCCACAGCCGAAAUCUCAUUGUCGGUUGGCUCUACACAAGACUGACUGGUUUGGUCCACUGCCGUAAAACCCGGAGCACCGACAUUCAAGGACAGUCGAAUAUGCAAGGCCUGAACGAAACAGGGGACAUGGAAGACUUGACUGCAGCAGACCAAGGUCUUAACCACCCAAAGCCAGUCCACGUUCCCCUAUUACCAAGUGGCAUUCACGACAUCCAUGGCACUUUUCGGACACUUCUGUAUUCACCGUCACCGGCUCUUCCUUUGCAAAGAAAUGUCACCGUCGCCGGCACCAUCGCUAAAGAUAAACAUUCUAACUUGAAUUACUGUACUGGUAAGCUAUACUUCCGAUUUACUGUAGUGGAAUGUCACAAUGACAAAUUCAAAGAGAACGGCGCUGGAACCAGUGGAUAG